GUUACACAGGCCCAGUGGUUCGCAACAGACCCAUUAGUGAAUUUCAUUUUGUCCACUAUAUAAUCUCCCAACCUCAGUUUUUCAUUAGGGUUUUCUGCUGUCGUUGCUACUCAUCCUUCAUCCCCUCCAUCCCGAGCUGUGCCUAGAAGAACGAAGCCAUGGGGAAGACACGUGGAAUGGGAGCUGCUCGCAAGCUCAAGUCCCAUCGCAGGAGACAAAGGUGGGCUGAUAAGUCAUACAAGAAAUCUCAUCUUGGGAAUGAGUGGAAGAAGCCUUUUGCUGGUUCUUCCCAUGCAAAGGGAAUUGUUCUUGAAAAGAUAGGUAUUGAGGCCAAGCAGCCCAACUCUGCUAUUCGAAAGUGUGCCAGGGUUCAACUCAUCAAAAAUGGGAAGAAAAUUGCUGCUUUUGUCCCAAAUGAUGGUUGCUUGAACUACAUUGAAGAGAAUGACGAAGUUUUGAUUGCUGGAUUUGGAAGAAAAGGUCAUGCUGUGGGAGAUAUUCCCGGAGUCAGGUUUAAGGUUGUUAAAGUUUCUGGUGUCUCUCUUUUGGCUCUUUUCAAGGAGAAGAAGGAGAAGCCAAGGUCUUAAAUUUGUGAGAAGCUAGUUUGUUUGCAAUUGAUCCGCUUAAGUAUUAUGAAUUUUGUUUUGAGCUGAAUGGUUUUUGUGAACAAUUUUGUAUCUUUUCUCGUUCAUUUACUAAACUUAAUUAUUUGACAUUUUUAGUUGAAAUAUCUUGGAUUCGUAUCCUUAUUUUGUGUUCA